AUGAAGAUUGUCCCACGUGAAAUCGGUAACCUUGUAAAUCUCCAAACUCUCGAUCUCCGUAACAACAUGUUACUCAUCGAUAACGUACCACAAGAGAUUGGUCGUCUUGUAAAUUUGAAAAAACUGUCACUCUCUGGUAAUCGUUUAGUUGCACUUCCAGCUGAAAUUUGUACUUUAACUUCAUUAAAAGAAUUGGAAUGUGCCAAUAAUCAAUUAUUACAAAUUCCAGGAGAGAUUGGAAAUCUUACAGGUUUGACAAAGGUUAAUUUCUCUGCCAAUAAAUUGACAGCGAUUCCAGCGUCGUUCGGUAAUUUCUCAGAGUUGCAAAUUAUGGACGUAAAGAGCAAUGAGAUUGCCGAGCUUCCAAAUACAUUGGGUGGAUUGAAAUCUAUCACCAAGAUUGAUUUGUCACACAACAUGUUGACCGAGUUGCCAUGGGAGUUUGGUGACUUGACCACCAUGACCGUACUCGACGUCAGCCACAACCCAUUGACAUUGCCACCAAACCCAGUCGUUAUGAAGGGUACCGAAGCAAUCAUCCAAUGGCUAAAGAAGUUUGAAAAGGAAGGACGUAAAGGAAAGGUUUCAGGUUUGGAGAUCCAAACAGAAGAAAAAGAUAAAAAAUAA